AUGGUUUCUGGGUCAUCCGUAGCCACUCUUGUGCUAUUCAUCUUCUCCAUCGUCUGCGUUAUCUACCCGUUUUCGUUCCUGGCGCUCUUGCCUUAUCUAGGCCGGAAGCGAAUAUAUAUCAAUCUUACAACCGCACCGAUAAUCGCCAUCGCUAUCCUUUGGGCUGCGCAAUGUCUUGGACCUAGUGUUAUUCGUGACGGUAUCGUUGGUACUGAUGGAGUCAAGCCUUACAAUAUUCUCAUUUUGUUUUUCUCUUUGGCUUAUAUGGCGAUCACGCUCGAUAUCACUGGCGUUUUACAAGCAGCUGCUUUCUGGGUCAGCAACAAGGGCGGUUCGAAUGGCUGGAAAUUGUUUUUCUACUUCUACAUCAUGUUAACGGCCCUCAGCGUUCUCCUUGGAAAUGACCCUAUAAUUUUAUCUGGUACCGCUUUCCUGGUGUAUUACACUAAAGUUGCCGAGCUGAAUCCUAUCUCAUGGCUCAUGUCUGAAUUUGCGGCAGCAAAUACUGCAAGUAUGGUAUUAUUCGUAGGAAAUCCCACCAACGUUGUUAUUUGCGAAGGGUUUCGCGUUAAUAAUGCGGCUUUCACAGCCUACACUAUUCUCCCAUUCCUCGCCUGCAGUUUAACUUGCCUAAUCACACUUGGGAUCCAAUUUCGUAAAUCCAAAUACAUUCCCAGGCAUCUCAAUGUUUCCGGGGACUUAGACGUCCGAUCUGUCCUCCUAGACCCAAUUGGCGCAUGGGUUGGGAGUUUAAUCCUUGGAACAUGUCUGGUUGUCAUCAUCGCUGUUAGCUUCUUCCACAUCGACGUGUGGAAAAUCAGCCUUCCAUUCGCAGUCUCCAAAUUCCUCUACGACAUUGCAUGGGAUCACUACAGAUAUAUCAAUAAACAAAAGUUUAGGCGCAAAAAAUCGGACGAGGACUUGUCGGCUGCUCAGGAAGAGAUUAUCAUGAACCAAUUACGGCAGCACACCAUCCCCAGAAAAUCAUCCGACUUUCUCAACAAAGAGGAUACUCCAAUUGAGCGAAAUAGCCAUAAUCCUACAUUUGGAGACGUUCUGUCAACAUCCCCUAUCCAAACCCGCGCAAAUUCACGCUCCAAUACAGGAAACACCACAGAAACCUACAUAAAUUCUCCGACUCGGCUGCUCCCACCGAACUUGGAAAAGCCCUCUCUUUCAAAACGACUGCACAGCGCCUACUCCAAGAAGUUGCACGAACUCACAGUUCAUUUCCCCACCUUUUUCACAGCUCUCCCUCGCCUCCCGUUUGCACUCGUCCCAUUCGCCUUCUCUCAAUUUAUUCUCAUCGAAGCGCUAGCACACCAAGGCUGGAUAGAGAUCUUCGCCAACUGGCUCGUCCGCGCGUCCAAUCGCCAGGUCUAUCCUACCAUAUGGUUAAUCGGGAUUCUUGGAGUAAUAUUAUGCAAUGUCUCCGGGACAAAUAUCGGCGCUACGAUUUUGCUCACCAAAGUUGUGCGUGCGGCGGAUUUCCCAGAUCAUAGCAACCGCGCGGCUGCGAUCGCUUUGGCGGUAGCGAGCAAUAUUGGUGCUGUGAGCUUUACGUUCAGCGCGAGUCUUGCGGGAUUGUUGUGGAAGCAGAUUUUGGAACAGAAAGGGAUUUACGUGAAACAAACGACGUUUGCGUAUUGGAAUAUUUUGCCGCUGAUUGUGAUGACGGGUGUGGGUCUUGCAGUCGUCUGCGCAGAGAUGGCGGUCUUGUUUCGGCCAUGA